CCACAUGAACGUCCUUCCAUAGAGGAAAUCAUUCGACAGUUAAAACCUGUAGAAUUGGAUCCUAAAUACAAUGAUUCCGAUCUUAAAGAAAAUAAUAGAUCUGAUUUUAAAAAUGUUGAUAUUUACGGUGAAAUUUAUAAAGCAAAAGGGAAUAGAGAUUUAGAACUUCGUACAAACAGUGAAAUCAUGUAA